AUGAAAUGCCUGGAUAAAAAGAGGAUCAAAAUGAAGCAGGGCGAGACGUUGGCGCUCAACGAACGGAUCAUGCUCAGCCUUGUCUCCACGGGGCAAGAUUGCCCGUUUAUCGUCUGCAUGACGUAUGCUUUUCAAACGCCCGACAAACUUUGUUUUAUACUGGAUCUGAUGAAUGGCGGAGAUCUGCACUAUCACUUAUCCCAGCAUGGUGUUUUUAGUGAACCAGAAAUGCUGUUCUACGCUUCUGAAGUUAUCCUUGGACUGGAACACAUGCAUAAUCGCUUUGUUGUCUACCGGGACCUAAAACCGGCCAAUAUUUUGCUCGACGAAAACGGACAUGUCCGUGUUUCUGAUCUUGGCCUAGCCUGCGAUUUUUCAAAAAAGAAGCCCCACGCCAGUGUUGGCACUCAUGGCUACAUGGCACCGGAAGUGUUGGCCAAAGGUGUAGCCUAUGACUCUUCUGCCGAUUGGUUCUCUCUAGGCUGCAUGCUUUACAAACUGCUGAAGGGUCAUUCCCCAUUCCGGCAGCACAAAAGCAAGGAUAAAAAUGAAAUCGAUAAGAUGACUUUGACACAAGACAUCGAACUACCCAACGAAGGACUUUCUCCUGACUGUCGCGACCUAUUGGAAGGGCUUCUGAAGCGAGAUGUGCCCGAUAGGCUCGGAUGUAAAGGGCGGGGACCUUCUGAAGUGAAGGAACACCCAUUCUUCCGCGACGUCGACUGGCAGACUGUUUAUUUGCGUCGAAUGACGCCACCGUUGAUACCACCCCGAGGUGAAGUGAACGCUGCCGAUGCUUUCGACAUUGGUAAUUUUGACGACGACGAAGUGAAAGGAGUAAAGCUAGCCGACUCCGACAGUGAUCUCUACAAGAAUUUCAAUAUUGUAAUAUCAGAGCGAUGGCAAAACGAAAUUGCGGAAACCAUUUUCGAGGUCGUUAACCAGGACGCCGACAAAGCUGAGACCAAAAAGCGAUCGAAGCAAAAGGCGAAGAUGAAUGUUGACGAGAAAGACUCGGAUGUGAUUGUUCAUGGCUACAUCAAAAAGCUUGGUGGACCAUUCACUUCAGCAUGGCAAACCCGAUAUGGCAAGCUCUACCCGUCUCGGCUUGAACUCUACCCGGAGUCACUGAGUGGGAAGCCCGAGCUGGUAUUUAUGGACCAAAUCGAGGACGUUUGUGUCGACUUGCAGACGGUCAAAGGUGAAAACGCGAUCGUCGUGAAAUUACGGGAUGGAUUCAAGGAACCCAGGAUUAGCUUGACAAAUUCGGACGAGAUUUCACUGAAGGAAUGGCACACCUCAUUGCGAACAGCGCACAAGGUCUCGUCAGAGUUAUUGCAACGAAUGGGACGAAAAGCAAUCAAGAUCUAUGGCGUGAACCAUGACCCCAUGCUGAGCGAAGCGGAUCGACCUGCUUCUGUUUCAAAGUACAUGAACCGAGCGUCGAGUGUCGAUUCGACGGUCUGA